AUCGGGAUAAUCCCGACGGGCGUCAGCGUGCUCGGUCCCACAAUUGCGAGGUUUCCUGCGGCAGGUUUGGGAGACAUACCAAGGCUGGAUCAUGGCUGGAGAGACGCCGAAUGCAAUAAUGUAUACUUCUGUACCUAGGUACCUUAUGUAUUACCGAGGCACGAUCACAAUGCGCACGCGAAUGCCCGAACUUUUCGCCGACGAGACCGUUAUCCCAUGGUGGCUCCCAAACGACGAAGGCCUCAACCCCCUGGUACAGAAUAUCCGGGCCAUUGCAGACAAACGCAAUGACAUGGCGGUGUCGACGCAAAGAGAGAGCCUACAGCAGAUCCCCCAUGUCUUCUCUAAUCGUUCCCCCAUGGAGGCCUUUUGACGAGGAACAAUCACUGGCCGAGUUUCGCCAACGAGC